ACCAGCCCAUUGAUUCAUUCUAAACAGGGCAGUGCCCAGAAAUGAAAACGUUUUAAAAAUUUCACAGACUCUCCAUUCAAGAAGCUUUCGUCUUUGAACAUAAAGGGGAAAGUUGUACAUGCCUGGCAAAGGAAAAGACAAAAACUGGCACUUCUUUUUUUAACUUUAGAGGUUGAUGAAUCUUCACUGAUUACUCUGGAGAUUUGCUCCACUCUCACCAGGAAACCUGCCUUGUUUUGCCAGGCCAAUGAGGGCCCAGAAUAUGGAUUUUCAGCCCAGAGCUUACUAACUAAUGUUGGGAUGAAAUAAGCCCAUCAGUUUCUUUUAAUAAUAGUUUCUCCAACUGAAAAAUGGAGAGAAUUUUGACUGUAAUAUCUGAAUUGAAAAAAAUCAUUUAAAAAACCCUAAUUAUAGCUAUGACACCAAAAAUACAGUCCACAAAAGAAAAAACAGAUAAAUUGGAUUUCAUCGAAAUUAAAAACUUUUGUUCAUCAAAGACACUAUCAACAGAGUGAAAAGGAAAUCCACAGAAUGGGAGAAAAUAUUAGGAAACCAUAGAUCUGAUAAGGGUUUAAUAUCCAGAGUAUGUGUAGAACUGUGACAAGUCGACAAGAAAACAAAAACCCAAUUCAGAAAUGGGCAGAGAACUCAAACAGACAUUUCUCCAAAGAUGAUAUACAAAUGGCCAAUGAGCAUACGAAAAGAUGCUCAACAUCACUAAUCAUUAGGGAAAUGCAAGUCAGAACUGCAAGGAGAUACCACUCAACACUCACUAGGAUGACUAUUAUAAACAAUUUUUUAAGAGACAGAAAAUAACAUGUGUUGGCAAAGAUGUGGGGAAAUUAGAACCCUCGUGCAUUAGUGGUAGGAAUGCAAAAUGGUGCAGCCACUGUGGAAAACAGUAUGGUGGUUUCCCAAAAAUUUAAACAGAGAAUUAUGAUAUGAUCCAGCAAUACUACUUCUGGAUAGAUGCCCAAAAUGGUUGAAAGCAGAGACUAGACUAGAUAUUUGUACACUCAUGUCCAUAGCAGCAUUAUUCACAAGAGCCAAAAUGUGGACGCAACUAAAGUGUCCAUCAGUAGAUGAAUGGAUAAAAUUAAUGUGGCACAUACUAACAAUGGAAUAUUAUUCAGCCUUAAAAAGGAAGGAAAUUCUGACACCUGCUACAACAUGGAUGAGCCUUGAGGAUAAGCAUUAAGCUAAGUGAAAUAAGCCAGUCACAAAAGGACAAAUACUGUAUCAUGCAUCCUAGAGUAGUCGAAUUGGUAGAGACAGAAAGGAGAAUGGUGGUUUCCAGGAGGAGCUGGCUGAGAGAGAAAGGCCGGGGAAUGACCGCUGGACAUCGGGCGGCUGGUGAUGGAUUAGACUGUUUUCUCUCCGUUGUUCUCGAAGGUGGGUGAGGUCCUCGUCUGAGUCUUCAUGUAACGGCAGAAACAUGAAGCCGCCACUCUUGGUGUUUAUUGUGUAUCUGCUGUGGUUGAAAGGUUGUCACUGUGCACCUACUUGGAAGGACAGAAGUGCCACCCGUGAAAACCUGAAGGGCUUUUCCGAGGCUGGGGAGAUAGAUGUAGACGAAGAGGUGAAGAAGGCUUUGAUUGGCAUGAAGCAGAUGAGAAUCCUGAUGGAAAGAAGAGGGGAGGAACAUUCCAACCUCAUGAGAACCCUGAAGAAAUGCAGAGAAGAGAAGCAGGAAGCCCUGAAACUUAUGAAUGAAGUUCAAGAGCAUCUGGAAGAGGAAGAAAGGCUAUGCCAGGUGUCUUUGACAGAUUCCUGGGAUGAAUGCAAAUCUUGCCUGGAAAGUAACUGCAUGAGAUUUUAUACAACCUGCCAAAACAGUUGGUCCUCUAUGAAAAACACGAUUGAACAGUUUCUCUGGAAGAUAUAUCAGUUUCUGUUUCCUUUCAAUGAAGAUAAUGAAAAAGAUCUCCCGGUCAGUGAGCAGUUCAUUGAGGAAGAUGCACAACUGAUCCAGAUAGAGAAUGUGUUCAGCCAGCUGACUGUGGCUGUGAGAUUUCUCUAUAACAGGAGUUUUCAUGUCUUCAAACAGAUGCAGCAAGAAUUCGACCAGGCUUUUCAAUCCUAUUUCAUGUCAGAUACAGACUUAAUUGAGCCUUACUUUUUUCCAGCCUUAGCCAAAGAGCCAACGAGAAAAGCACAUGUUGGGCCACAUUGGGACAUUCCUAGCUUUUUCCAGCGGUUUUGUAAUUUCAGUCUAUCUGUUUAUCGGAGCGUCAGUGCAACAGUUACUGAGAUGCUGAAUGCAAUAGAGGAUUUAUCAAAACAAGACAAAGACUCUGACCACGGCCGCCAGAGUUCGAAAAUGUUGCCUGUGCGGGGCAGGGGACUGUGUGGAGAACCUAACCAGAAUUCAUCAGAAUGUCUCCAAUUUCACACAAGAUGCCAAAAAUGUCAGGAUUACCUCUGGGAAGACUGUCCUGAUGUACCUGAACUACACACGAAAGUAGAUGAGGCCCUCGAGUUGGUCAACGUCUCCAAUCAGCAAUACAACCAGGUUCUCCAGAUGACCCAGCAUCACUUGGAGGACACGGCAUAUUUGAUGGAGAAGAUGAGACAGCAGUUUGGCUGGGUGACGGAACUGGCGAACCUGACCCCAGCACCUGGGAACAUCUUCAACUCCACAAAGGAAGUUCCAGGUGUUCAUGAAGGAAAUUUUUCCAAACAAGAUGAAACAGUGAUAGACUUAAGCAUUCUGCCUUCCCCUAAUUUCACACUCACCAUCCCUCUUGAAGAAAAUGCUGAAAGUUCUAACUUCAUUAGCUACAUGCUGGCGAAAGCUGUACAGCAUUUUAAGGAACAUUUUAAAAGCUGGUAAGCAGAUGCCUGAUUAGGAAUGCCUGUUGAUAGGAAAACAUGAUUCAUAAAAGGAAAAAAACCCAACAAAACUAGUUUAAAAAUACCUGGA